AUUAUAAUUCGUCCCUGUGACGGUUCUUUUCUUCCUCUUAACUUUCGUCUCGCGCUCUGAAAAAAAUUUCGCAGAUUCCGUCAUGUCUUCCGGCGUAAAUUCUACUGACUCCACCGCUCCGGCGAUUGAUAAGAUGUUCUUUUGUUACCAGUGCGAUCGCACAGUCACCGUCUCAGUUUCCUCCACCGUUGAUCCUUUCUGUCCUCGUUGUAACGGUGGGUUUCUUGAAGAAUACGAGGAACCCAACCCUAAUCCAGCCCCCAAUCUCAAUUCCGGCGGUUUUUUCCCGAUGGCCGAUCCUUUCUCCACCUUGCUCCCACUCUUAUUCGCCCCUCCCGGUACAAAUUCCUCCUCCGUCAUGGAUUUCAUAAACCCGAGCUUCUUCGGUCCGUCGAUGCAGCCACGCUCCACGCAGCAGCCGCAGCAGCAACAUCAACAUCAGAAUCUCCCUCAGGGAGAGGCUUUUGAUCCGAUUACGUUUCUCCAGAAUCAUCUCCAGCAUCUGCGAUCCAGCGGUACGCACGUCCAGUUCGUGAUCGAGAGCAAUCCUUCGGAUCCAUCCAAUCGAAUGCCGGGGAAUCUCGGUGACUACUUCUUUGGCCCUGGUCUCGAGCAGCUGAUUCAGCAGCUCGCCGAGAACGACCCCAACCGUUACGGAACUCCUCCGGCCUCGAAAUCUGCAAUCGAUGCGCUCCCGACUGUUAAGGUGACCAAGGAUAUGUUGAAGUCGGAGAUGAACCAGUGCGCAGUUUGUAUGGAUGAGUUUGAGGACGGUAGCGACGUUAAGCAGAUGCCUUGCAAGCACGUGUUCCAUCAAGAUUGCUUGCUUCCAUGGCUGCAGCUUCACAACUCUUGUCCGGUUUGUCGAUAUGAGUUGCCUACGGACGAUCCUGAUUAUGAGAACAGGGCACAAGGUCAAGGUGGUCAGAGUAGCGGGGAUGGUCAGGGAUCGGUCGAGGGUCAGCAGACGCCAAGGAGUUUCAGUAUACAGCUUCCUUGGCCGUUUAGGAGACGGGAUGGCUCUGGUUCUGAACCUGGUUCAGGGUCUGGUGCACCUGGAACUGGUGCUGGUGGUGGAGGUGGAGCGAAUCUCGAGACCAGGCAGGAAGAUUUAGAUUGAGUCUUCUAGCCAGAGUCAUCGCUUGCAAAUUGGAUUGGAAGAAGAAUGUGCAGAAGUUCUCACAGAAAAAAAAAAGAGGCAGUUUCAUUAGGGAAAAAAAAGUGACAUUGAGGUCUUACCAUAUUUUGUACAUUUUUUAAAAACAAAAAGAAUAUUUUUCAUUUCGUUUUUAUUUUGGGAUUAUAUAACGAAUGUGAGUU